AAGAAAAAAAACACCGAAAAAAAAAAGGAAGCCUUCGUAAUGAUGGCAAAACCCAAAAUCUAGAGUGACCCUAUGCUUCUACGAGCUGUGGUGCGGCGGAUGCCGGAGCAAUCUCCGGAGAUCUGCGCUACCCUUCUACGGUGGCUACCGCAGCGACAACAAGCUCGAUGGGCAAGUGGGGGCUUUCCGCGCGGCCGGCCUCGGCCUACCAAACCUGGUUUCGCCGGUGGUGAGGGCAAGUCAGAGUGGUGGGUAGUUGACGGCGAGAUGCACGAGAUAGGAGAUCACGUUCCCCACCGAGAGCGCUUUGUUAUACCUAGAGAUAACCUUCCCAAUCGCCGCCGCAAGCAGAUGCGCGAGCAGUUCAUGCGCCGCACUCGCCUCGUCCUUAAAGAAUCGGUUUGUCGUUUCUCCCUC